AUGUCUAACAUUCUACACAAAUUCGCUGACAAGUUAACCGGUGAUGAUAACAAUGACCAAAGAGUCGAUGAACAAGGAAACAGAUUAAACUCUCAACAACAAUCUCACGGUCGUCAAACCGACAUGGGAUACUCAAACAAACCAUCUCAACAAUCUGGAAUGGGUUCAAUGGGUAGAGGUUCUCAGCAAGAAUCUACAGGUAGAUUCGAUGAUGAUGAACUAAGUGGUGGACGUCAAACCAGAUCCAAGAAUAAGAUGAGCUCUCAAGCUAAAGACCACUACGAUGAAUAUGAUGACGACUUCAACCAGGGUUCGAACACUAGUGGUGGACGUCAAAAGUACUCUUCCGAGCAAAUGGGAUUUGAAACGAGCCAGGGCUCUCGUCAACAACAAGGUGGACUAGGUAGCCAAGGUCUCUCUGGUCAGAAAGCUGGAAAUGCCCAUAUUCCUGGCACACCUUCUGGUGCAAGAACUGAAGACUACACUUCCAGAACUAAUCCCGGUUCUGGGGCAACCGGUGGUCAAAGAAACAACCAGUUCUCUAAUGAUAACUGGUAA